CCAACAUGGCGGCUCAUUGUCCUAAACUGUGGUGAAGCUAGUCUCAUGCAAUCUAAAAACAAGGUAUAAAAAAUUAAAAAAUUAGAUUUAAAUACUGAAGUGAGAUGUUGCGGGGAUGUGGAUACAAUAUAAUGAUUUGUUGGACCCUUUGACAUCCGGUCUAGAUUCAGAACCUACCUCAGUAAGUUAACUCGGUUAGCUAACGAUAGCAUAGAUUAAAUACUGCCACUGCAUCGACAUUAAAACCGGUAUAUCUUCAAAUUGGAGCAAUGUUGGGGUUUCUGACAGCUAGACAGGCGGGUCUGGAUGAUCCCCUGCGACUGAAACGUGCAGAGUCAACGAGAAGGGUCCUCAGUUUGAAGUUGAAUCAUGACAGAGAGGUGGACCGUAUCCAUGGAAACGGAAUUAACACCAUUGACAUCGAAGCAGUUGAGGGCAGAUACAUGUUGUCUGGAGGUGCAGAUGGAGUUAUCGCCAUCUAUGACCUGGAGAACUACAGUGGGAAACGACAGUACACCUGCAAGGCCGUGUGCUCGGUAGGCAGGUCUAGCCGGCAUGUCCACAAAUUCAGCGUAGAGACAGUCCAGUGGUAUCCUUAUGACACGGGGAUGUUUGUCUCCAGUUCGUUUGAUAAGACCAUGAAAGUCUGGGACACUGAGACAUUAAAGCCUGCUGAAGUGUUUGAGUUUGAGGGUAAUGUCUACAGUCACCACCUGUCUCCCAUCGCCAGGAAGCACAGUCUCAUUGCAGUUGGCACCAAAAACCCUAAAAUCCAGCUUUGUGACAUGAAGUCUGGUUCUCAGAUUCAUGUUCUUCAGGGUCACAGAGGAGAGGUCCUCUCUGUGCGGUGGUCGCCCAGAUACGAACAUAUCCUAGCCAGCGCCAGCACAGACAGCAAGGUGAAAGUAUGGGAUGUCCGUCGGGCUUCAGGUAGUCUCUUCACUCUGGACCAGCAUAAUGGAGACAAGUCCAAAGCCUCCUCUGAGGCAGUAAACACAGCCCAUAAUGGCAGAGUGAAUGGCCUGUGCUUCACUGGUGAUGGCCUCUAUCUCCUCACGACUGGAACUGAUGACCGUAUGAGACUAUGGAAUAGUGCCACUGGGGAAAACACACUGGUGAAUUAUGGGAAGGUCUCCAACGAGAGUCGUAAAAAGCUGCAGUUUACAGUGUCACGUGGCUGCAGCCCUGAGUUUGUGUUUGUGCCAUGCGGUACCUCCGUUGCAGUGUACGCCCUCCACACAGGAGAACUGGUCACCAUGCUCAGAGGUCACUAUAACAAUGUCGACUGCUGCGAGUUCCACCCCGACUAUCAGGAGCUGUAUAGUGGAGGUAAAGACUGUAACAUUCUGGCGUGGGUCCCCGUCCUCCGGGCCCCAGAUGUGGAAGACGACCCAGAUGGUGAAAAUAAGGGUGCCACUGGCCAGUCUUCAGUGAACCCUGCCUUUCAGGAUGCGUGGAGCAGUGACGAAGAUUAAUGCAAAUGUUUUGAAUGUGUAGGCCGAGUUGGACGAACUAAGGUGCCUGAGCAUGCAAAUGAUAUUGCAUCACUCAAAAUAAAAUGACACGACUAUUUAAACGGAUGAAGGGAAACCGAUACGGACGCUACUGCCUUAAAAAUGUAAAUAAACAGUGUAAAAUAAUUGUCUGAUGGAAAAUGCACAAUCGUUUGGAUAAAGUCUUUUUGUAUAUUUAA